CCAGAGCUCCUGUCCGGCUGCAGCAGAGGGGCAGGACAGCAGCAGGAGGUCCUGGGGUCAGCCACCAAGACACCAGCACAACCAGGAGCAGUCCAGGCUGAAAAAAAAAAGUACACAAUAUUUUGCAGAAGUAACUUGGAGUGGAAUGCAAGAAAAAUGACUUUACCAGCACUCAUCCUCCUGCUUGCCUUCCUCCCAGCUGAAUCUGCAAGCAGCAGACACCUCCCCAAGGCAGCAAUCUCCAGCCCUGUGUUUGGACCACGGCAGGUAUAUGGGCUGCUCAACGGGUCAGCCAUCGUGAAAUGCUUCUACCCUCCCACCCGUGUGAACAGGCACGACAGAAAGUAUUGGUGCAGGGAAUCAGGCGCGAGCUGCAGGACCAUUGUCUCCAGCAGUGGCUACUCUGCUCCAGGAUACCAAGGCAGAGCCUCCCUCAUUGACUACCCCCAGGAAGGAAACUUCCAGAUCACCAUCUCUGAGCUUGCCCUGGCAGACACGGGCACCUACCAGUGUGGUGUUGGUAUCAAUGGCAGAGGGCUCUCCCACAGGGUCAGUCUGGAUGUUUCUGAAGGUCCACAUGUACCCGAGGGAGCUGAGCUCUUCUAUGUGAAGCUCUCCGACACUUUGACCAUGUCCUGUGACUUCGGGGCAGAUGCCACAAGCAAGAGGAAAUUCUUGUGCAAGAUGGAGAAGAGCGGCUGCGAUAAUGUCAUUGAUACGUACGGGAAUGUUAACGAGCACUACAAAGGGCGAGUUCUGCUGACCAGUGAGCAGACUCCAGGCUCAUUUAGCAUCGUGAUCACUCAGACGAGCUGGGAAGACUCUGGCUUGUACCUGUGCGGGGUCGGUGUCUAUGGGGAGGAUGGAGAAACGAAGGAACUGGAUGUGCACAUCUACCAGGAGACAAAUGUUCCUCAAGAAAAGACAGCAAUAAUUGGAGUAAAAGGAAGUUCAGCAACUUUUGAGUGCCGCUAUGAGCGUCUAAGAGAGUCCUCAAGGAAGUACUGGUGCAAGUGGAGAAAGAACGGGUGUGCUCGGAUCAUUGACACCUCCGGCUACUUGUCUCCCCUGUACGAAGGAAGAGUGGCCAUGUACAACAGCCCAGAGAACCAGACCAUCACCAUCAUCCUGAACCAGCUGAAGGACAGUGACCAAGGUUAUUACUGGUGCAUGACAGAGGAUGUGAAUGAGCAGCAGUCAUCAAUGGAACUGAAGGUCGCAGAAGGAGAACCUGGACUGAAGGGACAGAAGGAAGUGGAGGCACAAGUGGGUUCACGGGUCGAUUUAACUUGCUCUUAUCCCUGCAAGUACUACUCCUACCAGAAGUACUGGUGCAGGUGGAAGGACAUCAGCUGCAGCCUUGAGCCCAGUUCUGACCAAAGCCAGCCAGGGCCAGAUGUUACCUGUGCCACUGACAACAAGACAGUGAUCCUGAGCUUUGCCUCGGUGGCAAAGUCCGACGAGGGGUGGUACUGGUGUGGAGUGAAGCACAACGGCCUCUACGGGGAAACCAUGGCAGUGUACCUGCAGGUGACUGAAGGAGGCAGCGCCGGCCGCAGCCCGGAGCUCCUGGACGCUGAUGCCGCCCACCUCACCAAGACCCCCAGCGCUGCCAAGACCCCCAGCCCCACCGAGAAGGGCUUUGUUCCCCAAGGAAGAGCUUCCAAUGUUGCUGGGGCACAGCCUGCAGCUGCCUCAGAGAGCUCUGACCAAAGCCAUGGCCCCAGUGCACUUGUUUUAGGCUCAAGCAUUGCUGGUGCUGUGCUCCUCAUCCUUGUGACAGCUUUUGCUGUUUUUAAGUACAGACAGCUGAAGAGAUCUGACCUGGUGUCAGUGGGGAGCUACAGGACAAACAUCAGCAUGUCAGACUUUGAGAGCGUGAAGGAGUACAGUGCGACCAACAACGCCUGUGUGAAGGAGACCCAGGAGACACAGAUAGGAGGGGACGAGUUUGUCACCACCGUGGCCGCUCCAGAAAGUGCUGCUGAGAUAAAGAAGGCAAAAAGGAGCUCUAAGGAGGAUGCUGACCUUGCCUACUCUGCCUUCCUGCUCACCUCGGGCAGCGUGGCGCAGGGUGGCCCCGGGGCGGAGAGCGCAGCCCUGGACGUGUCCCCCCCGGCCUGGGAGGGACGGGUCUGAAGGUGAGAGGCACCAGCAACUGGGACCAGCUCUGCUUUGAAGACCAGAGCAAGAUAUCAGCAAGCAUCACUGUUUAUUGCUACCACAAAUUGCUAUAGCUUGACCUUUUUUUGCUUAGAUUCAGCUUUGAGCAGUGAUUUAGGAGGAAUUGUUUGAUGCUACACGGGGCUGGGCUGGAGACACAGGGCUGAGUGUGCAGGUUGGGCUGGGAAACAGCAGGAGGUCGAGUCGAUAGCCCUAGCCUCACCAGUGCCUUCCAGCACAGAGGGCUCUCAAAGGCCAGAAGGCACAUUGAAUAAAAAACUCCUUUUUUGUUGUUUUUUUUUAAAGUCAA